GGUCUGCAGCCCUUGUAUCAGGCACUACUGUGCAUCUCUUUGGUAUGACUGUCAGUCACGCUUUGAGAUAAAGUCAAUACAUCUGCCUUUUCUAGCGUAAAGUUCGUCGAGCCUCUUCAGCCUUACCGGAACUUACCUGAGUUCAGCGGACUUUGUUCUCAAGUACCAGCUACUUACGCCUUCAUUUCUGCACGCCCGAGUCCAAAUCUCGAAUUUUCUUUCGCCUUUGAAGAAAAGGUCCACUAGACUUUUUGGUGCUAAUCACCAACUUUACUAGCGUACCACCAGUUCUCGAAACGGGUACAUCUACUAGAUCCCACGCGCCUUUGCAACCUUCAACUUACAACUUCGCAACAAUAACUUUCAACAUUUCCCAAAUCCAUUGUCGAAAAUAUGGCCUCUAACGACGGUCAACGACUAUUGGUCCUCGGUCUUAGCUACCGCCAACACCACACCCUCCACAUGCAGCAAGUCUUGCGCGCCUAUGAUCGUCUUCCAGCGAAUCCGAUGGAUCGCGUCGUCCUGUAUACUGCCCUGUUCGACUUAGCAAAGGAUCUCGACGAAGAUGAAACUAGAAACAUCGAGAAUUGGUUGAAGAAUGGAGGCGCAUUCCCAGCACCAACCCCAAAGGUUCCAGAAGUAGGACCUGGAGGAGCAGGUACAACUGGCGCUACCGACGAAGUCGAUCACGACGAUUGGCCAGAGUAUAAUCCAGUCGAUUUCGAAACUGCGCAAGAGGUAUCGAACGAUGCAGAAAUGACCGAGGACGAGGACGAGGACGAGGGAGAGCAGGAAGAGGUAGCGGAGGAGUUGUACGAUAUUGAUGACCCCACACGCCAAAUUGAUGACCCCGGCGAGGAAUUCUCGGAUCCGAGCGAGGAUGAUAUUGAUGAUCUCGAUGCCAACUUUGGUCCUCGUCUUCGUCGACAUGCCAUCUCCGGACUUCCAAAGAAGCUAUCCGCCGAUGCCAUCGAGUGCCAUAUCUGCGCAGAGUCUUACGAGCUUGCAGACUUUCCACCAUCUACCCAAAUCACCUCGAGCUGCGACCACAAGUAUAAUGAGCGAACUUGCGUCUAUUGCUUGCAACAAACUAUUGCCGGAGCAGUCAGCGAAGGUCAACUCAACAGAAUCGUUUGUCCUUUCUGUCCAGCACCACUUUCUCGCGAAGAGGUCAAGAGAUAUGCGACUCGAGAAAUAUUUUCCAGAUAUGACUAUCUCGUCAUGAGAGCAAAUCCCGACUUGGUCAUGUGUCUGGGACUCGAUUGUGGUUCAGGUCAAGUUCACACUGGCGAAGAUCCAAUGAUGAUCUGCCAAGCCUGUUCAUUCAAGACUUGUGCUGUCCAUAAGCUGCCAUGGCACGAAGGACAGACAUGUGAGGAGUUCGAUAUGGAUGAUUCUCAGAUUGAACGACUCGAGGAGGCUGAGGCAACUGCAAAGCUACUUGCCACGGAGCAAGCUCAGAUCUGCCCAAAUUGUCACCAAGGCGUAAGUCGUAUCGACGGAUGCGAUCAUAUGACCUGUCGUUGUGGCAUGGAGUGGUGCUACCAGUGCGGCGUAACUUUUGAGAACAUCAAGCGACUGGGCGAGUCGGCUCACGGAGCUUCAUGCAUGUAUAAUCCGAGGCGAGUCCAGAUGAGAAGCGGCCAGAAGCAAGCAGUUCAAGGAUCUCUUACGGCGCUUGUCCAUGGUGGUCCAGUCAGUGAUACCUUAGAGAAAGCUCGCGGUGCGAGAAACGAGCGUAUUCGGACUGAGAUGAGACCAAAGGUUGCCGAGGCUGCAGAGCGAAGACAAAGAGAGAUGGAGCAGCAGAAGAAGGAAGAGAGAGGUGGUGCUCCUGAGAAGAAGCGAAAACUCAAUCUACAGCCGGCUUGGGAGGAGAAAUAGAUGGUUGAUGGAUGCAUGGCGUUGGAUAGAAGGGAGAAUUUCAGAUACCCUGACUUUUAUUUGCGUGCUAGGAGGGCG